AACAGCUGUUGGAGGGAAACCCCUCUCUGUUUCUGUCCCUAAAAACACACAGAUUGAGACCGCCGCGUUGUGUUGUUGAGGUUUGUUAAAGCCACAACCUUUGUUGCUCCUUCUUAUAUAUAAAGGUAGAGCUGAGUUGGGGUUUUGGGUUUCAAAGAAAUCGAGGAGAAAAAUGGCUUCAAUCUCGGUUCCUUGCCCUAAGGUUGUUUCGCUUGUUCGAGUUGGAUCUAAUGGUCAAACUUCAAAGAACCAGCAAAAUCAAUUGGCUUUUGGAUCUUCCCUCCGUCAAUCGUCAUUGUCAAUGUCCCGGUUGCCUAGGACAGAGGAAGCUAGCAUGUGCAAGGUGCGUGCACAGCUGAAUCAGGUUGCUGUGGAGAAAUCUUCAAAUUCAGCACCUGGAGUUGACACUAGCUCUAAUGAUGCAUUGUCAAAGGAAAAAGGCGAGCCCACGGAGAAAAACAUCCCAGAUCCAUCAUCCAUUUCAGAAUUUAUGACCCAAGUAUCAGACCUUGUCAAACUUGUGGAUUCAAGAGAUAUCGUGGAGCUGCAACUUAAGCAGUUGGACUGUGAGAUUUUAAUAAGAAAGAAGGAAGCUUUGCAGCCAGUGGCACCACCACCACCUCCAGUUGUCACAAUGCAACAACCCAUGCCUCACACAAUGUUUCCUCCUCCAGUCCCUGCAGCUCCUCCUCCUCCCACUCCUGCCCCUGCAAACCUGUCCCUUCCAGCACCUUCCUCCCCUGCGAAUACAGCCAAAUCAUCCCAUCCAGCACUGAAGAGCCCCAUGGCUGGAACCUUCUACAGUUGUCCUGCACCAGGUGAACCACCAUUUGUCAAGGUAGGAGAUAAAGUGCAGAAAGGUCAAGUUCUCUGCAUCAUUGAGGCAAUGAAAUUGAUGAAUGAAAUUGAAGCUGAUAAGUCUGGAACCAUAGCUGAGAUAUUGCUAGAGAAUGGGAAACCAGUUAGUGCUGACAUGCCUCUUUUUGUUAUUGCGCCAUGAACAUAGCAAGACCGUGUUCUAAGCUCCAUGGCAGAUAAGUGUUCUGGAACCUGCGUCAAGUAGCUGUCAUAUAUUGAUCCAGUUUGAUAGUUUAGAAAACUUGGCUUGCACCAGCAAUAGAUGUUGGAGAAACAUUGUAACUUAAUUUCUUUUUUCACUUCUUUUUUUUUCGGUUUUCCAUUUUGUUUCGUAUCUGUUCCCGCUAGCAAUGAACUAUAUUUAAGAUAAACAAUCACACAAUAAAGUUCUUUAAUUUGC